AACAAGACAAUGAGAUUUACUAAGCAAAACUUUGCUAUGGUGGUUCUUGGAAUUGUGACAUAUAUUGCUGACAUUGGAGCAGAUAUUUGGGUAGCAAGAAACUAUUUCUGCAAGGAGCUGUAUCUCUGGUGUUCCUUAACAUUGACCAUAGUGCUUCUUUCAUCAUUUGUGAUCCAGUUUUUCAGUUACACUUGGUUUAAAGAAGACAAUGAUGUGGAGCCAGAUUGGAUCUGUCUAUUACAUUUCUUUCAUGGAGGAAUAUUUACAAGGUAUUGGUUUGCACUGAAGUAUGGCCACCAAGCUGCAUUUAAACAAAUUAGCUCAGAGAAUCAGUUGAUAGAUGACCUCUCCAGCAUUGUUCAUAAAAUAGCCAUUGAUGCAAUGGCUGAUAUAAGUAUGCUCCGGCUAUUUAAGACAUUCCUGGAAAGCACACCCCAGCUUAUUCUUCAGAUCUACAUCCUGAUGACAUCUAACAGUUCUGCUAUCAGCCAAUAUAUCUCCAUUGUUGUGUCUUUCAGCAGUGUUACCUGUUCAACCGUGGACUACCAAAUAGCAUUACGAAAAUCCUUACCUGAUAAAACUACAUUUAUGAGGAUAUCUUCCAAAAUAACAUAUCUUUUGUAUAAAUUGUUCAUUUUAACAUCAUGGAUAUUGAGUAUUGUGCUGAUCUUGGUAUUGAGCACCAAAAUUGCUGUCAUUCUAGUUGUGCUGUUUUGGUUUGGGGGUAUGUGUUGGACACUGAAGCAGCACACUGAAUUCUGCAAAUCGACUACAGCAGAAUUUGUAUAUCGAACCAUGGUGGGAAUCAUUCUUAUAUUUACCUUUUUCAAUAUAAAGGGAGAAAACACAAAAGUCCCCCUUUCUGUCUAUUAUGGCAUCCGAGCUCUUACAACUUCAGCUAUACUAUGUGCUUGUAUGUUCUGGAAGUCACAAUUUAAUGGGAAAAUAAAUCUGUUAUUUGUGAUCACGACAGUUGCUCUCACUUUAGUAUCAGGCAUUUGCUUUCUUCUUGUUUAUUAUAGGUUUUUUCAUCCUCGUAAUCAAUGCACACAAGAUGUAGUUGAUGGACCAGAGCCUGAAAGAGAAGAAAUGUGUAGAAUAAGCAAGUUCAUAAUGCAAUAA